AUGCAAACGUGGACGUUGUUGUUAUUUCUUGUUAGCUUCUCGUCCGGGGAAAGUGAAAUCGAAAAGAAACAAGAGAAAAGAACGGCAGGAGGGUUUGGCGACUUUGGAGGAUUCGGAGAAAACUACGGUGGCUUUGGCAGUCAUUUCGGCGGCUACGGAGGCUUCGGAGGUCUAGGAGGCUUCGGACAUGUUAAAAAUUUCCAUUUGACUAAUGAAAUACCGGUACCGUAUCCUGUGCCCGUUGAUAGGAAAGUGCCUUAUCCGGUUCAAGUGCCUGUAAACCGGCCGGUUCCAGUGCACGUGCCUCAGCCUUAUCCGGUUCAUAUCGAUAGACCUGUACCGUACCCUGUGAAAGUGCCAGUGCCGCAGCCUUACCCCGUUGCAAAACCUGUGCCAGUUCCGGUAAAAGUCCCUGUGGACAGACCGGUCCCUAUACACGUACCUAGGCCAGUGCCGGUUUACAUAGAAAGACCAGUGCCUUACCCAGUUGAGAAACACAUCCCGUAUCCGGUCAAAGUCCCGUACGACGUUCCCAGGCCUUACCCUGUGCAAGUCCCGGUGGAUCGCCCAGUGCCAGUACCUGUAGAAAAGCCCGUACCCGUUCCUGUGAAAGUUCCCGUCGACAGACCUUACCCGGUGCAAGUCCCGAGACCGUACCCGGUACAUGUCGAGAAGCCGGUCCCGUUCCCGGUCGACCGGCCGUACCCUGUACCAGUUAAAUUCCCGGUUCCAGUCAAAGACCCUGUUCCAGUCGAAGUGCCGAAGCCUGUGCCCGUGCCGACACCGGUCUUUCCUUCUGCGCCUGCCAAUUUCGGAGGAUCCUUCGGACACUUUGGCCCGUUGGGACACAUUGGUGGAUACGAAAACAUCGGUGGAUUUGGUCACGGUUACGCUGCUGGAUUUGGCAAUACCUUUGAACAUAAGUUGUAA